GUGUGUCACCAUGCCUGUCUGCCUGCCUGGUGCCAUAUGUUUGGACUCCUCACAUGCAACUCCCGAUAUGGUAAUCAGAAGAGGUCACCCAGUCACUGUUUCACCUAGCACCCAGUAAUGGGUCCUUGUCAUCCGUCAGUGAUUUAUCUUGAGACCAUUUACCUAUUACACAGACUACAAUGCUAUACUUAAGUCUGCAGGAAAACACAUAGAUACACCCACCAUUGAUGAUGGCACCAAGAUACUCCAGUAUUUACAGUAGUUGCAUGUGAUCUUUCUUCCCACCAACGACUUACUGACAGUGCCAUGUUCCCAUCUCAAACAACAAGGGCAAAAAGUUGCUGAGCCACAGAUUUGGACUAUAAGAUUAUGGGGAUACUGCUGUUGUUCCUGCUGGCAAUUCUGCACCCCUGUACACAAGCAGUGACAAGGAAGCGAGGCUACACUUGUUAUGGCUUCCAAGCAUCCAUGAAUUGUGAACACAGGGAACUGGUAAAUGUGAAAGAUGUCAGUUAUGGGGCAAGUGACCCCUGCGACAAUUCCCUACAGAGAUGCUGUCCUCCAGGUUCAGAAGAGGCCUGUAUGAGCCCAAUGCAAGAAGUACAACCCUCGUUGUACUCCCAGCUACUCCAGGCCUGCCGCAAGCGAAGUCAGUGCAACAGUCCCUAUGUUAUUGAUCAGAUACAGUAUCCAGGAGCAAGCGCUUGCUCUGCUGACUUCAGCGACUUUGUGUCAGUGGACUAUGAGUGCAUACCUUACAGUGAAAUGAAAUCUAUGUGCAGCAUCUUUACUGCCAACAAUGAAUCAGAGGGCCACAUAAUAAGGCAGUCUAGCCAGUCUUCACCUUCCACUGGGCCACAAAUUUGUAACUGUAACAUCAACCUGCCAACCAAUGGAAUCUUGAUGCUGCAAAUCUCUGACAUUUCCUUUGAAAAAAGCAUAGCCAGUCGCUGUGGACAGAAUCUUAAUAUCAAAAGUUCCAAUGGUUUUAGCCAAAACUUCACAUGUGAAAAUAAUGAUGAACAAUGGACAAAAUUUGAGACUGGACCUGUACAGAUUUACUUAGAAUUUCAGGACAAGUCAUCAGAUUUUGACUCCUGGUUAUGGAUCCAGUAUAGAGCUUAUAACAACCUCAGGCCAUUGUCAGUAAAUUGUUGGAGCAAUGCACCCAUUUCCACCAGCACCACUAGAAUGGUGGUGCCCACCACACCAGUGGUGACCACCAGCACCGUGGCACCAACAGAACGUCCUCCACUUAGCCCCACCUCUCUGGAUACUGCUGGGGGAAUCGAUGUUGCUGAGGAUAAGACUACAGUGAGAACAAAAGGCGAUGAAGCUCCGUCAAAUUUUCAAGAUGGUGAAAAGACUAGAAGUGGUGACGAAAAUCACACAGGGUUAUGGAUUGGCAUUGGCAGUGCUGUGGCUCUACUGGUGAUUGUUGCAGUCAUAGUGGGGAUAAGCUUUGCUGUCCGUAAAAGAAGAAAUAUCACCAAGAAGGAAAUGGAGGAGCACAGACGUAAACUGGAGGGGAAGGUCAAUGCAGCAUUUUCUAAUGAUGACAUUGUAUUUUCUAACCUGGAGGAUGACAAGCCAACGACCUAUGAUGACAUCGUAUUGCAGCCAUUACCCAGGAAUCAAGAUUACAUCAAAAUGUACGACAGUCCUGCAGCUGCUGUCAACUAUGAAAAACACUUCCCUGCAAACAACCCACGAGGUAACUGGAAAAAUUAUAGUUAUGAGGACAUAACCUUGACCCCAUCCACCUUGACCCCAGCAUCAAGUCGCAGGGUGUAUGACAGUGACAAUGCUACAUCCAUCUAUGCCAAUAAUUCACCAUCAGAAGCAGGCACGCGGAGUGAUAUAGACAGCCUGUAUGCUAAAGUUGUGAAGAAAAGAUACAGAAACCCAGAUCACACCGACUGGAACCCUCCUUUAUCACACUAUAAAAACACCGGGAAAAGGCCAUAUCAUUACAGCAGUGGGAAUCUUUACGAUAAUUCACGCAUCCCCGAUAUCAUUGUGACGACAUCAUCCCCAUCGGACACUGGGCCAAGCUCGGAGUAUCAAAGUGAUGUGGAAUUAGUGAGGAAUCAGUUGUAUGGCUCUCAUUCUGGGAUAUACGGACCACCUCGGAUCUGAAUAUAUAGGUCUCGAGACAUGUGAUUAAUGAGAACUUGAAGUGUUCAGUAUCAUCCUUUGUAGCCAAGAUGACGUUAUUUAUCUGCACAAUCCAGUAUAGGCAUCAGCAUGCCUCAUAUCCCUAGGCAUCAUUCUAUGACAAAAUAAUUGCCAUUAACAAAUCAUACAUCUAGAAACUAUGAAGUGUCUUCCUACAGAUCGUAUUAUAUAUAUUUAUUUGUAAUGAAAAAGUAUUUGCACUAAAAACCUGAUUUCUGUUUCUGUCAGAUAAAGGCACAGGGGACAAAUUAUUGCUGGGAAAAAGUCGAUUAAAUAGAUUUUGAUUAUAGUAAACUGUUACACUUCCGAUGCUUUUUCCUUUAUGCCCACCAAUGUCAGCAUUACUUUAAAAGAAAAAUCAAAAAGCUAUAUCUUAAUGUAUUCCCUAAAAUAUUUUCAUAAAAAAUCUUCCUGCUCUUUCUUGAAAUUCAUUAAUGCCUCCAUAUGUGACCUCAAAUUUCAAGAUAUAGUUCACUGCUAAAUGAAGUAUUUGGAUGUUUUAAAGGUGCCUUAUUUUGAUUAAAAAAUUUACCCAAAUGCCAAUAAUAACAGAACUGCUUAAUCACGUACCAUAUAUUGGUUAGAAUCACAAUCUUUUGUUCUUUUUGAUCAUUGUUAUCCAGUACAUCUUUUCUAAUGAUUCGACGAGUCUGUGCAGACUUGCAAAUAUAACAGAAGUAUGGGCCACAUAACAGAAACCAAAACAAGCAAUCGUAAUUCUCACAAGAGAACACACCAUGAUGAACUAAUGCAAAAACCUUGCAAGACUAACAUCCCAGAAAGAUGAUCAUUACAAUGUAUCCAAUGCAGAACAAAUGAGGUGAUAUUCACUUUCCUGCCACUUAACACAAAGUAUUCCCUUGGGAAUUUUCCUUGAUUCCUGUUUAGUCUUCAUAAGUAUCUCAUUUUAUUCUGAAUAGUGUCUGAUGGACCUUUUUUUGCUUGCCUAAUGACUUGAUUCUAUCUCUUAUUUUCAUUGUGUAGUGACUAGCAGCCUUUCUGUGAUAAAAAGGUUAAUGAGAUUUUUUUCUUUUCUUUCUUUUUUUAUAUUCAUGGUGUUGCCUUUGAAACAGCUAAGUAGUUAUGCCAAGGAGCUCAGCAGCUGAAACAAAUUAUGAGAUAUUGCACAUUUCAUUUCUUUUCCUGUGGAUUUUACACUAUAAAAGGAACUAGACCCCUAUGUAGACUAAAAUACAUAUUCUACUAUUUUGCAUCAACAGCAACACCAGGGGGGAAGGGGGGCUCAAAUCUCACAGGGGUCUUUUACUUUAUUUUGAAAAAAAAAAAAAA